UCGGGCUUGACAUAGAUUUAGUCAAUCCAUAAUAUUACUUUUGUGUAUAGCUGGAAUCCAUAUUUCAGCCCCAUUUAAGUCCUUGGGGAACGAAAAUACUGAUACCUUAGAUAAUCUAUCAUAAUUGCUUCUAAAGCCUGGUACACAGCAUAUAUAAGGCAUGAUUAACUGCACUGCACAUAAUCACCGAAGCAGUACCCACAUGAGCAAACGCUUGGAACUGAGCGAGUCGAUGCUAUUUUAGUUCAUACGGAGCUCAAAAAUUCAAUUGGGGUAGUAUCAAUUAUUAAAUGGAGGUUUCAACGUAUCUAUUUCAGUGGGGGAAUACGGGAAUCCCCGGGACACAGUCCGACAAGUCUUGUGACGUACCAUUACCCAAAGUGGUAGGGGAAGAGCACGGCCAGUUCAUCUAGAGUGUCCUUGCUUGAAUGGUCUGAUGGCGUGAUGACAAUAUUCACCUAACAUGGUUAUCCCAUAUUAAUUUAUGCUAAUGUGGAGGAUAAUCUAAGUAGUGUUUUUUGUAAUUAGUAUUGCAUCCUAAUUCAGUAGUGAAGGAAGUAGUGUGUUUAGUUCGGUUCAGAGGUCACAUGUAAUAAUUAUUUUCUAUACAGUACCUAAUGGCAUUAAGGGAGAUUCCCGGGGUACGUCGUGGUGCGACACUUUUCACUUGCAACGAUGGUUUCUAUUACCAGUAUAUUAGCAUAUCAAGAGUGAAAACACAUUACCGUUGCUACUUAAACACGUGUAGAGCUAGGAUUUGGGUUGAACAUAGAAGUAAAAACAUUACAAAUAAUGAAAAUUUCCCUUGCCAUAAUCACAGCCCAGAUCCUCUGCUAGAAGCUAAGCAUGUGCUACGAGAAGCAAUAUUUCAGCGGGCCGAACGUGAAUCAACACAGCUGAAAAGGAUUUUCGACGAGGAGUGCAAUAAAGUUUCCAGUGAAGUAGCCCAAAGUUUGGCUUUUGGAACAAUCGAAUCAUCAAUGCGGAAAUGUAGAAAACUGAAUGGUAAAGACAGUUAUCGUGAUUUCCUUCCUUGCCCCCACCCCUCCCUCUUCAUCGUAGAAGGAAGCAGCCAAAGGCAGCUUCCCCCUCCAGUUUCAGUUGGCAUGAAGUGCUCGAAGCUACAACAUUAUUGCUGCUUUGAAGCCCCGGUUUCAACUGCAUUUUUCUUCAGUUUUUCAAGUAAGUUUUCGUUUAUAAUCACACAGCUCUUUUCUUUUGUUCACCCGCGGUCCAGCUUCUGCCAUAGAUUUUGCUGAUAUGUUGAAGGCAGAGGAGUGGGCUAGAUUCUCAGAAACCCUAGAUGGGAAAAAAUUUUUCAUCGACAACAUUGUGGUUGGGGAGUGGAGCAACUUGGUAUUUGUCUCCGAAAAUACCAAACACCUCCUAUCAACGGCUGAAGAACUUUUUUUUGAUGGCACUUUUAAAACAGUGCUGUCAGUUCCAGGUCUUGCACAGCUGUUCAUCGUAAAUGCUGUAGCAUUCGACCAUGUAAGUACAUGCUAUCAAGACUUCAACUUUGGCCCGUUUUUAACCCUCAUAGCGCCCUGGAAAAACUUAAUAGGUGCGCCCCCCUCUCAUUAAGUUUGGUUUCAGACCCUAGAAAGACAACAGGGGUCACGCGUAUAUUUACUGUUGUUACCUUGACUGCAGUAAAUUUGUAGAUCUGGGAUUUUUUGUAUUCUCUAACUAGCCCAUCAACUUCCUACACACGUGAUUUACAAGAUUUAAGUCGGUCAGAAGUGG